UGACGCAAGCCGAGGCGCUCCCUCAAAAGGAGAUCGCCGGUUUGCGGUGCCUGCAAACAGAUAGGGCUCUAUUGAUGCGCGUAGUCUCGCAGGAGAGCGAGGGCUAUCUAAGAACUCCCGCAGAAGGGAAGGUUGACUAGAGCUCACUAAUAGCCACUGACAGCAUGAAUGAAAUCAAACUUGCUGUGUUAGGAACCGAAGGAGUUGGGAAAUCCGCUCUCAUUGUGCGUUUUCUGACCAAGCGUUUUAUUGGCGAGUACGCGUCCAGUUCAGAGUGCAUUUACAAAAAACGCUUAUCCAUAGACGGCCGGCAAAUUAAUUUAGAAAUAUUUGAUCCAUGUUCCCAAAAUUUGGAGAAUAAGUCAUCACUAAUUGAUCAAGUGAACUGGGCUGAUGGGUUUGUUGUGGUGUACGAUAUCGGUGAUCGUUCCUCCUUUGUCUCAGCGAAGACUCUCAUUCGACGACUACGAGAAGUGAAUAGUGAGAUUUGCAAAAGAGAUGUUACAUCAGUGAUAUUUUUAGUUGGCAAUAAGCAAGACUUGUGCCACAUGAGAGAAGUGAGAGAGGAGGAGGGGCUGCUCUUAGCUGGAGAAAACAAAUGCCACUUUUGCGAACUGUCAGCAGCUGAAGAUCACCAGGAGGUAGGAACGAUGUUUUCAAAGGCCAUCAGGAAUGCAAGUGGAAAUCGUAGAAGACGACCCAGUGGCUCAAAGUCAAUGGCUAAAUUAAUUAACAAUGUGUUUGGUAAAAGAAGGAAAUCUGUGUAACACAAUGCAAUUUCCCUCCCAAUGCCCAUGUUAUAACAAAUGUAAGGCCUCCAAAAAUACCUGGUGUUUCCCACCUUCUUAAUCCAGAUCAACAGAGAAAUAACAAAAAAAGCAAACUCUUAGUAGAUGUUUUUGUUUCGAAUGAAAAUGUAAAAUAAGGAUUGUUCUGAUUGGCUUUCCUGGCAUAAAUCAGUGUGUAGGGAAUAAUGUAGCCUUAAAACCGGUUUUACUAAGAUUUGCUGCUCAAACAUCUAUUCGCUCCCCUUAGGGAGAGCUCAUUUUGGAAGCACUAAUUUUAAUCUAUGAUAUUCUGAUGUAUUAUCAGUGACUUCCAUACAUAUUGGUACAAUAUCAUGAAAAGUCUAAUUGUGCAGUCAGAUCUAAAUGUUAUAUAUUUUGAUAACUAUUUAAGUGUAAUCACUUUGUGGGACAGAUUAUAAGUGAAUGUUAAGGUUGAUCUGUAUGAAAUAAUAGUUUGUCUACCUAGCAAGCUUUUCCAAAAUGAACCUCCACUGCUCCUUUUGACACUUGGGUUUAUAUCUGUAACAUGUGUUCAGGACACACAAAGGUACAAAAAUAAAACUGGGUUUGUCAUACACCUGGUGUAAAUAUGUGAAAGUUUUGUACAUCAUAAUACUUAUUGUACCAAUUUAUGUAAUUAAGCAACCAGUCAUUCUAUAUUCCUUCUAUUUUUUCUACUUCAAUUGUGAUUGGUGUUGUGCAAUUAAAACCUUUUACA